AUGUCAAACAAAUUCAGACCAGUCUCAACAGCAACCUCGAUCGACUCUUCAACUUCAGGCGACUACGAGGACCACAGACGGGGAUCGAUGAAUGGAUGGCGUACAAGGGAGAGUGUUAUCAUGGAGAGUGCUGCUGAGGAUGACGAGUCUGAGGAUUCAGAGUCCGAGAGCAUUCGUUCAUUGGGUGCAAGGGCCAGGAUGAUGACCGAGAUGCUCAGCGAUAGUGAUGGAUCAAUAGGCAGGAGGAGCAUCGAUGGAGGACUUACAUUCUCGCUAUCCGAGUACGACGAAUCCUACGACGUUCCAUCGACUCCACCAGCACUCCCAGAGUAUUCAGCUGGAAACUUCCAGAUGGUUGAGAUUUCCGAUGAGAAGUCUCCCUCGAUGUUCCGCUCAUACUCACUCAACACACCGCCAGCAUCGUCACACGACAGUAUCUGCACUAUCGGGCCAAAAGGACCUCAUCUCUUCCGCUCAUUCAGCACCUCACACCAGAACUCGCUGCCUCACAUCACCAUUCCCCGCCUGAGCGUUGUGAUGCCACCGACACCUUCUGCGUCAGCCUCGCCAGCCUCGCCUCCAGCACUUCCAUCACCAUCUCAGUUCCAGCAACCACCUUCAGCAAUCGACGAGAGCCUUCCAUACCUAUUCCGCGAGCCCGAGCUUCGCCCAAUGAGCGAGCGCUCCCAGGUUGUCAGCGACUACGACAUUGACGAGAUCAGGAGCUGGACACCCAGACAGGUUUGCGCCUGGAUGACCGCCCUUGGUGUCGAGAGAGAGCUCGUGGACAAGUUUGAGCGAAAUGACAUCUCUGGUGCCAUUCUGAUAGACUUGAAGUGGGAAGAUCUCAAAGAGCUUGAUAUCCAAUCAUUUGGCAAACGCAUUGAGCUCUGGUCCGAGAUUCACCAUCUCCGCACUCGCACUGCCUCCUCGCCUAUGGCAGGAGAGCCGUUCCCGCGUGCUUCCUCCCGCAUGUCAAGGAAAUCGUCGCCACGAACCUCGCCGGUUCCUACACCAAAAUCUUCACCCAGAAUUCCUCAGACACCAAUGGGCCGCGGAAGCAGCCACAGUGUAAACGAGAUUCCUCAAUCCGAGCGAAGACAGGAGACGGAAGUCACCGAGCGUGAGGAUUCUUCUGAUGAAGAGCGUGCACCAAGGCCGCUCAGAACCCAGAUCAGGAAGCGUGCUCGCAGGACUACUGCCCGCGUCCCAAAGUCGAAACAUUACGAUUCAAUGGCUUCUGAAUCUGCAGGCAUGUCUGACGCUGACUCUGCCUACCUGCAGCAAGUCAGGUACAUGCCCUCUAUCCGUGCUGUCGAGGAGGGUGCAAACCGCCAGAAGGCUCCGGCUCGCAAGAGAAAGACCAACGUUGUCGGGCCCAAUGAUUCCAUCUCUGUCGUCAGCAAGACUAGACGAAACAAGAACAUUGAGGACUUUACUUCAUUUGGCCCGAACAACCAAAAGCCAAAGGGAGUCAAGCUCCACAAGUGUUCCAAGGGCGAAAAGUGCCGAAAGCACGGCCAGCCAGUUACCAGCAAGUCGGGUGAGAGGAGACGCAGGGCUCCUGCCGAGCAUGGAACAAUCUUCAUUGCCACCACCCCAAGCAUUGCUGAUGCCUCAGCUCUUCCAAGGCUUUCGGUCUUUGACGGAGUUUCCCGACCUACAUCAAUGGUUGCACCUAGCAUCAUUGCUUCCAGCGAUGUUUUGGGACCUUCCCAGAGGCGUGAGGUCAAGCUUAAGCAGAACACCCUUAAAGAUGUUGGCCGCAUGGACCCGUUGGAGAAUGUCAAGCAGUUCUUGACUCUCCAGCACCUCCAGCAUCUCGAGGAGCGCAGACACUCACCUCCCCCAGUGCCAACAAAGUCAGCUGAAGAUUUGGCACGUGCUCACCUUAGGGGAGUUAUGCCACCCAUGGCCACCCCUCCGCUCUCAAGGAGCGAGUCUGCGCCUCCCCCAGUAUCCUCUCACAGCUCAAAUGGUUCAGUUUCUAUUCCUAUUGGUCUUAGCAACUCUCCUCCCAUGGCAUCUCCUCCCGUUCGCUCAAUGACCCCAAUGAGUUUGCGAACAAUGGGAAUGGAGCGUGUUUGCCCGCCUGAGAGUUCUUCGCCACCCAUGAGCAUGCGCAACGUUAGCGUGAACAUGAUGAGGACCACUACCCCCUUCUCGGAGGCUGAUGUCCCCAUCUGCUCCACUACGCCUCCCCCAAAUGACCGCAACCAAUCGCAGUCUGUUCCCCCAGACAUGCGAUACAGGCGCUUCGCCACACCUGAUCGCGCCCAGUUUAACCCUACCCCACUUCCAACUACCCCUACUCCCGUCCCUGUACGUCGCGGAACUGUUUCAUCCCAGUUCAGGCCCGCGCCUAUCAUGACCGCUGUUGACGAGAACGCCGAGUGGGAGUUGGUCGAGGAUGACGAGGAAGGUACCAAGAUGGCUCCUGCCCCGUCCCCACAGAGAACCCACUCAGGAUGGAUGAAGAAGCGCAGAACCAACUGGUUCCGCCACGAGUGGCCUGACUACCACUUUGUGCUCAAGGGUACCCGUCUUGGGUAUGCAAGACACAUGGAGAAAGAAGAUGGCUUCAUCGAGAUGGACAACUACUCUGUUGCCUGCUCCACUAGCGCCGGCCACAAGCUCUCUGCCGCCUUCAAGGGUUCCAAGCUCUUUGGCAACAAGAAGGGCGGCAAGGACGGUGACUGUGGCGCCUUCUUUUUCCAGCUUGUACCGGCUGCGCCGGAACCUGGAAAGAGCGCCAUCGGAAAGGUCCACCACUUUGCUGUUGGUAGCCGAGAGGAGAGAAUCGAUUGGAUGAGAGAGCUGAUGCUUGCAAAGGCAAUCAAGCAGAAGAAGGAGGGCUUUAAGGUUGCGGUCAAUGGCGAGAAGGUCUAA